GGGGAGCUCCUAGGAGGUUUGUGGGAUCAGUGAAGUGCGAGGGAGAGCGGGCGCCAGCCCCGCAGUGCGCUCUGGUUGCGCGCUCUAGCGCGGGGGCGACGGCGGCCAGGGCAGGCAGGCAGGCGGUCUGGAGUAAUGACAAACACAUUUGGCCCCGAGUGAAGAAGUCAUCGUCGCCUCGCAUUCCAGCAACUGGGAUUUGAGGAAUUUCGAACUGCGCUCCAAGGGGCCCUCAUUGUGCGCGGUGGUCCCCACCCCCACCAAUCUCUGCGCGCCCCCUUCCUCGGUCGAACCGUUUAUGCAAAGCCCGGGGCUCUGCUCCUGCCCAGUCCCGGCCGCAGGAAGGAAAGAAGGAAGGUCGCCAAGAAAGUGGAGAACUUCUUGUGGGGGAAGUUAGGGACAACUCGUAACGGAGAGACUUGGUUCCCAGUUUUCCAGAACUAUGGGGACUUCCCAUUGGGCACUCCUGGUCUUAGGCUGUCUCCUCACAGGGCCGAGCCUCAUCCUCUGCCAGCUUUCAUUACCCUCCAUCCUGCCCAAUGAAAACGAGAGGGUUGUGCAGCUGAAUUCAUCCUUUUCUCUGAGAUGCUUUGGGGAGAGUGAAGUGAGCUGGCAGUACCCCAUGUCUGAAGAAGAGAACCCCAAUGUGGAAAUCAGAAACGAGGAGAACAACAGUGGCCUUUUUGUGACGGUGCUGGAAGUGGUCAGUGCCUCGGCGGCCCACACAGGGCUGUACACUUGCUAUUACAACCACACGCAGUUGGAAGAAAGCGAGAUCGAGGGCAGACGCAUUUACAUCUAUGUGCCAGACCCAGAUGUCGCCUUCGUACCUCUAGGAAUGACAGAUUACUUGGUCAUCGUGGAGGACGAUGAUUCUGCCAUCAUUCCUUGUCGAACGACUGAUCCUGAGACACCAGUGAUCUUACUCAGCAGUGACGGGGUGGUGCACGCCUCCUAUGACAGCAGACAAGGCUUUAAUGGAACCUUCACUGUCGGACCCUAUAUCUGCGAGGCCACCGUCAGGGGGAAGAAGUUCCAGACCAUCCCAUUCAAUGUUUAUGCUUUAAAAGCAACAUCAGAACUUGAUCUGGAAAUGGAAGCUCUUAAAACUGUAUAUAAGGCAGGGGAAUCGAUUGUGGUCACCUGCGCCGUCUUUAACAAUGAGGUUGUGGACCUUCAGUGGACUUACCCUGGACAAGUGAAAGGCAAAGGCAUCACAAUGCUGGAGGAAACCAAGGUCCCGUCCAUCAAAUUGGUGUACACUCUGAUGGUCCCCGAGGCCACGGUGAAAGAUAGCGGAGAUUACGAAUGUGCUGCCCGCCAGGCCACCAAGGAGGUCAAAGAAAUGAAGAAAGUCACCAUUUCUGUGCAUGAGAAAGGGUUUAUUGAAAUCAAACCCAACUUCAGCCCGUUGGAAGCUGUCAACCUGCAUGAAGUCAAACAUUUUGUGGUGGACGUGCAGGCCUACCCCCCUCCCAGGAUAGCCUGGCUGAAGGACAACCUGACUCUGAUUGAGAAUCUCACGGAGAUCACCACUGACAUAGAAAAGAUUCAGGAAAUAAGGUAUCGAAGCAAAUUAAAACUGAUCCGAGCUAAGGAAGAAGACAGCGGCCAUUAUACUAUUGUAGUUCAAAAUGAAGACGAUGUGAAGAGCUAUACUUUUGAACUCUUAACUCAAGUUCCGUCAUCCAUUCUGGACUUGGUCGACGACCACCAUGGCUCUAAUGGGGGCCAGACAGUGAGAUGCACAGCUGAAGGAACCCCUCUUCCUGAUAUUGAGUGGAUGAUUUGCAAAGAUAUUAAGAAAUGUAAUAACGAAACUUCAUGGACGAUUUUGGCCAACAAUGUCUCAAACAUCAUCACGGAGGUCCACCCCCGAGACAGGAGCAUGGUGGAGGGCCAAGUGACAUUCGCCAAAGUGGAGGAGACCAUUGCAGUCCGAUGCCUAGCUAAGAAUCUCCUCGGGGUGGAGAGCCGAGAGCUGAAGUUGGUGGCUCCCACUCUGCGUUCUGAACUCACGGUGGCGGCCGCAGUCUUGGUGUUGCUGGUGAUCGUGAUCAUCUCACUCAUUGUCCUGGUUGUCAUUUGGAAACAGAAACCAAGGUAUGAAAUUCGUUGGAGGGUCAUUGAAUCAAUCAGCCCCGAUGGACAUGAAUAUAUUUAUGUGGACCCGAUGCAACUGCCUUAUGACUCGAGAUGGGAGUUUCCAAGAGAUGGACUAGUGCUUGGUCGUAUCCUGGGCUCUGGCGCAUUUGGGAAAGUGGUUGAAGGAACUGCCUAUGGAUUAAGUCGGUCCCAACCUGUCAUGAAAGUAGCAGUGAAGAUGCUAAAACCCACAGCCAGAUCCAGUGAAAAACAAGCUCUCAUGUCUGAACUGAAGAUAAUGACCCACCUGGGGCCACAUUUAAACAUUGUGAACUUGCUGGGAGCCUGCACCAAGUCAGGCCCCAUUUACAUCAUCACUGAGUACUGCUUCUAUGGGGAUUUGGUCAACUAUUUGCAUAAGAAUAGGGACAGCUUCUUGAGCCGCCACCCAGAGAAGCCAAAGAAAGAGCUGGACAUUUUUGGAUUGAACCCUGCUGACGAAAGCACACGAAGUUACGUUAUUUUAUCUUUUGAAAAUAACGGUGACUACAUGGACAUGAAGCAAGCUGACACUACACAGUAUGUCCCCAUGCUGGAAAGGAAAGAGGUUUCUAAGUACUCAGACAUCCAGAGAGCGCUGUACGAUCGCCCAGCCUCAUAUAAGAAGAAAUCCAUGUUAGACUCAGAAGUCAAAAACCUCCUUUCAGAUGAUAACUCAGAAGGCCUUACUUUGUUGGAUUUGUUGAGCUUUACGUAUCAAGUUGCCCGAGGAAUGGAGUUUCUGGCUUCGAAAAAUUGUGUCCACCGGGACCUGGCCGCUCGCAACGUCCUCCUGGCUCAAGGGAAAAUCGUGAAGAUCUGUGACUUUGGCCUGGCCAGAGACAUCAUGCAUGAUUCGAACUACGUGUCAAAAGGCAGCACCUUUCUCCCGGUGAAGUGGAUGGCUCCCGAGAGCAUCUUCGACAACCUCUACACCACACUGAGCGACGUCUGGUCUUACGGCAUUCUGCUCUGGGAGAUCUUUUCCCUCGGUGGCACACCCUACCCUGGCAUGAUGGUGGAUUCUACUUUCUACAAUAAGAUCAAGAGUGGGUACCGGAUGGCCAAGCCUGACCACGCCACCAGUGAAGUCUACGAGAUCAUGGUGAAGUGCUGGAACAGUGAGCCAGAGAAGAGACCCUCCUUUUACCACCUGAGUGAGAUUGUGGAGAAUCUGCUGCCUGGACAAUAUAAAAAGAGUUAUGAAAAGAUCCACCUGGACUUCCUGAAGAGUGACCAUCCCGCCGUGGCACGUAUGCGCGUCGACUCCGACAACGCCUACAUUGGCGUCACCUACAAGAACGAGGAGGACAAGCUGAAGGACUGGGAGGGUGGCCUCGACGAGCAGAGGCUGAGCGCGGACAGUGGCUACAUCAUCCCUCUGCCUGACAUCGACCCUGUUCCUGAGGAGGAAGACCUGGGCAAAAGGAACAGACACAGCUCGCAGACCUCUGAAGAGAGUGCCAUUGAGACAGGUUCCAGCAGUUCUACCUUCAUCAAGAGAGAGGAUGAGACCAUCGAGGACAUCGACAUGAUGGACGACAUUGGCAUAGACUCCUCGGACCUGGUGGAAGACAGCUUCCUGUAACUGGCAGAUUCGGGGGGGACCUUCCACUCCUGGAACCAACUUGGAUCCUUUUAAGAAAACCACUUUACUGCAAUGCAAAGUCUGAGGGGAGAACUUGGAUGAUGUGUAGAGAGAAGUUCCCAGCCAAGGGCCUCAGGGAGCCUUCUAAAUACGAAUGAAUGGGAUAUUCUGAAAUGAACUUUUUCGUUGUGGCCUCUGGCAAUGCUUCAGUAGCACCUCAUGGGCAUGUGAAGUUUGGAGGUAGAUGGACAAGGAAAUAACGGGCCACAGAAAACAAACUUUGCGAUUCAGGGGCAUUGGUGAGAUUCCAACGUACACAACUUUUACUGCAACAAAACUCCAGCAUUGUAAUUAUGUAAAUAACUCUAACCAAGGAUGUGUUUUGAUUUGUAUUAACUAUCUUCCCUGGACUUCUGGAGAGACCACUCAGUCCACCCAUGUACUUCAUGCUUGAAACCUGGUAUCAGCUGCUGUUGAACUUUCUUAUGAAGUACAUGCAAAACCACUUUUGAACCUUAAAAGGUACUGGUACUAUAGCAUUUUACUUUUUUUUUUUUUUUUUUAGUGUUGAGGAGAUAAAAGAUAAUAAUUAACCAACUUUGUUUAUUAGAUUUGGGUCAUUUAUAAGCCCAACAACUCAUUUUCAUAUUGUAAUCUACGUUUAUAAUAAUGCUACUGUUAUCAGUAACGCUAAAUGUGUAAUAUGUAACACGUUUUCCCUACAGAAAAAGCACAAUUUAAAAAAAAUCCUUACUAAGUAGGUGACAAGUUUGACAGUUUUGACAUUUAUAUUAAAUAACAUGUUUCUGUAUAAAAUAUGGUUAUAGCUUUAGUGGAUUAAAUUCAGUUGGACAUAGAGAACAAAGUAAGAGUAGUGUCUUCCAGCAAGUCAGAGUUUUUAACUAUGUACUGAAUAGUUCCCUAAUCCAUCGUACUAAAAGCAAUUAACUGCCCUUUGAAGUAAUGCGAUUUGGAAUAAAUAAACAAAACCCCUAAAUCCUAAAUGUUCUCAAUAUUAAGGCAUGAGUCUCUGCCUAACAUGACUUCUCAUAUUAUUUACCCAGUGGAAAAAGUAGUCGUCAGCAAAAAGACUGGAUUUGCAGAGAUUUUUUUCAUGCCUGGUGAUAAUUCUGGUGGAUCUCAACACAUAUAUAUUUUUAAUUCUGCGAACCCUGAAAAAGUCAGAAGGAUGCCCUGAACAGGAGCCCCAUUCUUUCAUUUCUUACCCCCAGGAGAAAUAGUUUGGAACUCUGAGACAAUAAAGGCAUUGUUUAGUGAAGGCUGUGUGUGCCUUAGCCUGGAUCCUUGGUCCCCAUAUGUAACUGGCAACCAGAAUCAUGAGAUUCUAUGUCCCCAUCCGAGAGAUGCUGAAUUAAUUAGGUCUGGGGGAGCAGAGACCUGUAUUUUUAUAAACAUCCUGGCUGUUCUAUCAGCCAGAUUUGGGGAACACCGGUGUAGACGACAGGAAGUUGCCAUGGGAAAAA